CGACCUGUCAACACCAACCAUAAACAAUUAUGCCAGGAGCCACGAAAGAUUCCGCGCCAGUCCAGAUCGUGGACCCAACUUCCGAGACUGGCGAGGAGAUUGAUCCAGCCGUCGACCGCGACAGGAUUCGAGUCCUCUCUGGGUCCACAGAAACAGCAGCAUCUUUCCAGUUUGAUGGCGAGGACCACACGCUAGGUAACGCGCUGCGUUAUAUUAUUCACAAAAACCCCGACGUUGAGUUUUGUGGUUACUCCAUACCGCAUCCAUCAGAAGCAAAGAUGAACUUACGCAUCCAGACUUAUGAUGGCGUUAGUGUUUAUACUGUGCUGGAAAAGGGUCUCGAAGAUCUCAUGGCUAUGUGCGAUGUUGUUGAGAAGAAGUUCACCAUUGCACGUGAUGAAUUUGUCAACAAGAUGGAGGAGUAAACACAGGGUUUGUAAGACACUAUUGCAUUGAUGGCGUUCACGGAUAUCAUGGGUCAAUGGCGAACGGAAAGGAAAAUGGUAUUGUCUUUGGCUAUUUACAUCGCAUCCUGGACUUGUUUUCAAUUCCGAUUUCGGACGACAGCCCACUCAGUUGCGACCCUGGGGAACACAUAUUAGUAUUCUGAAGUUUGAUUAUUAGGGUUCAAUCGAAUGCUUACUUCCAAAAAGCCGU